CGCGUUUAAAACAAACUUGUCGGACGAUUUAAUUGCUCUUACAUUAAAGUUCCUUAUUUUCGGUGCCACGGGAAACUGUGACUAUUUCCCGCUGGAUAUACGCGCCGUUCCGGAGUCGGACGCAUCCUGAGCGCUUGGCGCAGACGGUGCAUCGGCGUGCCCAAAACGCGCGGGUGAAACUUUAAGCAAAAAUUACAUCUAAAUGUCAUUAUGAGUUAUAAAAUUCACGUUUAACCCUUUGGAAGUAAACAUACAGAAGGUUGUAGGCAUUUGGACACAUGCAGGACGCACGCGCGGGUUUAACGGUACGGGUGUGCGGAGAAGUUUAGGACGCACGCAUGAUGCCGUCUUGCCCUAGAUCGAGAAGAGAUCGGGGUUUGACAUCUGGAUCCAAGACACUACAGUUUGUUCUUUAAACCACAUCUGGAUGUGACAGAGCUCGGUACGAGCGAUGGCUUCUGAGGUUGUGUGUGGAUUGAUCUUCAGAGUGCUGUUGCCUGUUUGUCUGGCGGCAGCAUGUCUGUUCAGAUACAACGCUCUGUCCUUCAUCUACCUCCUGCACCUGCUGCUCAUCCCUCUCUUCCCCGAACCCUCCAGCGUGACCAUGCAAGGCCGCACGGGGCAUCUUCUGAAGUCUUUAUGUUUCUCCAGCAUGACCUUCCUCUUGUUCCACAUCAUCUAUCAAAUCACAAUCCACAGUUUGCUGGCUGGGAAGUCUAUUGAGCGUAGAUUCAACUGUUCAGUGUGGGAGAAAUCGAUACGGCAGAUCGGCUUUGAGAGUGUCAUCGGUGCAGACGCAGGCAAUGGCAUUCGGGUUUUCCUCCCAGACAUCGGCAUGUUUAUAGCGAGCCUGUCGGCGUGGAUGCUGUGCAGAAGUUUGGUGCACAAACGUCCCACGGAAGAGAUGGCCCAAGACAACCAUGACUUUGAUGCCGAAGAACAGGACGACUGUGAUGAGAAGGUGGAACUGGAGGAAGAUGAAAUGGUCAUGGAUGAAGACUUUGAUGCUGAAGAUGAAGCUGAGGAUGAGGAGGAUGAAGGGCUGGAUGAAGAAGAGGAGGAGGAAGAAGUUCAGGAGAGUGCAAAGAUGAAGGUUCUGCGUAUUGUUGCGGGAAUGGCGAGUAAAGUGAAAGAGGUCAUCGGUAACUUGAUAACAACAGCGGGACAAGUGGUGGUCACUAUUCUGCUGGGAUUAACAGGUAUCAUGCUUCCCUCUUUGACGUCUGCAGUCUACUUCUUUGUGUUUUUGGGUCUGUGCACGUGGUGGUCGUUCUGCCGGACCUUUGACACUCUUCUCUUCAGCUGUCUGUGUGUUCUCAUGGCCAUCUUCAGUGCUGGCCAUCUCAUCCUCCUUUAUUCUAACCAGUUCCAGUUCCUUCAGGACGCCAUCAGACCCAACGACAGCUACAGCAGUGUGUUUGGUAUUUCCUCCAUCGUUCGAACAGACUGUUCCUCCACCUGGAAGCUUGCUGUGAAUGAUGGCUUGAAGUGGCAUCAUUUUGUCAAUCCCAUCAUGCUCUUGGUGCUGUACUACACACUGGCCACCUUGAUCCGUCUGUGGCUGCAAGACCCCAUGAUGGUGCAGGAGGAGAACGAAGAGGAGGAGGAGGAUGAGGAGAAAGAGGGAAAUGAGGUCAUGGGCAACAAUGUGGCUCUCACGUCCGACCGGAAGCGUCUGCUUUGGUGGAGAGGCCGUCAGAAAACAGAGGAAAGAAAUCUUAUUUCCACUCAGGACCCUUACAGCACCUCAGAGGUUGUAAUCAUCAGCUCCAAUGGAACAUCAUUUGACUAUUUGUCCGCCGUCCCCAUUGAGAACGGACCUGUGAGUCUGGACAGAUUCUGCACCCCACAGUAUAAAGUAGAUCAACACAUACAGUCUGAUGAGAAGACGGUUGUGAACACAGAUGAUGUUCUAGAUUCAGAACCUCAGAACUAUGAGCUGGAAGAGGAGGACGAGGAGAAGACCGAAGAGGAGGAAGAAGAAGAGGAGGAGGGUGGACCACCGGGAGCUCUCGUAAAAGUGUUCAAGUUCAUCAUGAAGCAAAGCUACAUAUGUGCACUGAUCGCUAUGAUGGCGUGGAGUAUUACGUACAUCAGCUGGUUGACGUUUGUGUUUCUGCUGUGGUCGUGUACUCUGUGGAUGGUGCGAGACCGGAGGAAGUACGCCAUGUUGACCUCGCCCUUCAUGGUGGCUUACGGGAACUUUCUGCUGGUGCUGCAGUACAUCUGGAGUUUCGAGCAGAUAGAACCAGUGCCUGGAUUCUUCCGCAAGGCUGACAAGCCUGUCAGCCAACUCGGCACCAAAGUCCUGUGUCAGUUGAGUUUCUGGCUGCUACUCAGACAGACGCUGAUGGAACGACGAGAGAAGAUGGAGGAGGACGAUCCUCUGUCUGAUGUUAAAGUAGAGGAGCAGAUGAAAGAUGAAGAGAAUGUGCAAGAGGAGGGGGAUGAGAACGACCUGAUGCAGGUGAUGGGGAAGCUGGUGAUGGCUCUGCUGGUCAAAUACUGGAUCUACAUCUGCGGAGGAAUGUUCUUCUUCGUCAGCUUCGAGGGAAAAAUGGUCAUGUACAAGAUCGUCUACAUGAUGAUGUUUCUUUUCUGCGUGGCCCUGUAUCAGGUUCAUUAUGAAUAUUGGCGCAGGAUCUUGAAGUAUUUCUGGAUGUCCGUGGUGGUCUACACCAUGCUAGUGCUUAUCCUGAUCUACACCUGUCAGUUUGAGAACGCCAUUGACACCUGGUCUAAAAUGACGAGAAUUUCACGAGAAGUACUAAAUGACAUUGGGCUGGUGAAGUACAACCUCUCUGAAUUAUUUACUCGAAUUUUCAUCCCCACGUCCUUUCUGCUGGUGUGUAUCUUACACCUGCAUUACUUCCACGACCGUUUUCUUCAGCUCACCGAUCUCAAAGCUGUCGUCAGCAAAGAAGAGAGCACCAUAUACAGACUGGCUCAUCCAGACGGGAGUUUGGCAGAUCUUACGAUGGUGAGCACAUCUCCUGAACCUCUGCUGAAGGAAGCGCGGGAGAAAGACUCUGUCAGUGAGAUGCUGGCGGUGGAUUGUGUGGAUGAAGACAAGAAGAAAGAGUCUUUAUCUAUUCAUUCUGCUCAUCUGUCCAGUGAGGAGGAUCUUCAUCAGUCCAGUGUGGCUACAGAUCCAGAAGCGCCUUCAGACCAGAGCUCAGAUCUGAAGAGUAAAUGGCAUCUGGUUGUGGACCGGCUCACAGUGUUGUUCCUCCGGUUCCUCGAAUACUUUCAUAAACUCAAGGUCUUUAUCUGGUGGCUUCUGGAGAUGCACAUCAUCAAGCUGGUAUCCACCUACAUCAUCGUCCUGUCUCUCAAAGAGGUCUCGCUGCUGAACUAUGUGUUUCUGAUCUCGUGGACGUUCGCUCUGCCCUAUAAGCAGAUUCGGGUUCUGGCCUCGAGCGUUUGCACCGUGUGGACGUGUGUUGUCAUCGUCUGCAAGAUGUUUUAUCAGCUUGAAUCCAUCCAGCCUAAAAACUACUCAAGCCAUUGUACCAUGCCCCACAACUACACAGAGGAACAACAGAAGAAGAUGAAUUCAUCGCUACUGUACAGAAUCGAAGGAGUGGACCCUGCCAACUGGGUCGGCCUUUACAAGAUAAAAGAUGCUUUACUGCCCAACCUGAGGAAUAACUUGUUGAUGUUGGCCUUCUUGGCCUUUGAGGUCACCAUUUACAGACACCAGGAGUUUUUCCGUCUGAGGAACAAACUUUCCCCUCCCCCCUCACGGACCAUCUUUCAUGACAUCACCCGGCAACACCUUGACAACGGGAUUGUGAAUUGUGCCAAAUAUUUCAUCAACUAUUUCUUCUACAAGUUUGGUCUGGAGAUGUGUUUUCUGUUGGCGAUAAACGUGAUGGGUCAGCGGAUGGAUUUUUACUCCAUGCUGCAUGGCUUUGCUUUGGCUGUGGUCAUGUACAGACGCAGACGGAAAGCCAUCGCAGAGAUCUGGCCCAAAUACUGCUGUUUUCUCGCCUGCAUCAUCACAUUCCAGUAUUUUGUGUGUAUUGGAAUCCCACCAGCUGCUUGUAAAGAUUAUCCCUGGAGGUUUCCAGGCUCCAUGACGGAAUCUAAUGUGAUCAAAUGGCUCUUCCUCCCUGAUUUCCUCACACAGCCCAGCUCCAUUUUCCUCGUCUAUGAUUUCAUGCUCUUGCUGUGCGCGUCGCUGCAGAGGCAGGUGUUCGACGAGGAGAAUAAAGCAGCCGUUCGUCUGAUGGCGGGAGACAAUGUUGAGAUCUGCAGAGACCUGGACGCCGCAUCGUUCAGUGUUCACAACCCCGUACCAGACUUCAUACACUGCAGAUCAUAUCUGGACAUGUUCAAGGUCAUCAUGUUCAGCUAUCUGUUCUGGUUCGUCCUGACGAUCAUCUUUAUCACGGGGACCACUCGCAUCAGCAUCUUCUGCAUGGGAUACCUGGUGGCGUGUUUUUAUUUCCUGCUGUUCGGAGGGGAGCUUUUACUCAAGCCUAUCAAAGAGAUUCUGCGGUACUGGGACUUCCUCAUCGCUUACAACGUCUUCGUUAUCACCAUGAAGAACGUCUUAGCUAUUUUGGCAUGCGGUUAUAUCAAGUCUUUGAUGGAGAACAGCUGUUGGCUCAUUCAACUGCUCAGUUUAGCCUGCACCAUUAAAGAAUAUGAAGAUCUGCCAGUUCCAGAGACAACAGAUAAGAAUAAAUGUGACCUGCCGCAGGAUGAGGCCGGGAUCAUCUGGGACAGCAUCUGUUUUACCUUUCUGCUUCUGCAGAGACGCGUCUUCAUGAGCUACUACUUCCUGCACGUCAUCGCUGACAUCCGGGCGGGUCAGAUACUUGCAUCCCGAGGAGCGGAGCUGUUUCAGGCCAGCAUCGUGAAGGCCGUCAGAGCUCGACUGGAAGAUGAGAAGAAAUCCAUGGAGCAGCUGAAGAGACAGAUGGAUCACAUCAAGAUGCGGCAGCAGAAGUUUAAGAGGGGGAAGGAGAAGAUGCUCAGCAUGACUCAAGAGUCUGGAGACGAACAGAAGCUGCUUCCACCCGAGCAGGAGGAGGAUGAUGAUGAUGAUGAGAGAAAGAGAAACAAGGUGAAUAAAAAGCAGUGGUGGAGGCCGUGGGUUGAUCAUGCGUCCAUGGUUAGAAGUGGUGAUUAUUACCUGUUUGAAACUGACAGUGAAGAGGAGGAGGAAGAGGACACAGAGAAAGAGGAUGAGGUGCCUCAGAAAUCUGCCUUCCAGUUUGUGUAUCACGCUUGGAUCACAGACUCUAAAACAGCACUGAAAGAAAGAACUAAAGGACGGAAAUAUUUCUGGAAGCGAUAUGGCCGUGGUCACAGACAUAAAAAAGAUAAUAAAGACGGUCAUGUGGCAAUAGAGGUUGGUGAAGAAGAUGGUCAAAGUUCUGAAGAAGACAAAUCUAAUGAAACAGACAACAUAAUCAAGAGGGUUUUUAACAUCAUCAAGUUCACCUGGGUUCUGUUUCUCACCACCAUUGAGAGCAUCACCACAUGGCUGAACUCCGUCUGCAGAGAAUACAUCGACAUCUCCACCGUCCUGCGCAUCGAACGCUGCAUGUUAACCAGAGAAGUCAAAAAGGGAAAUGUGCCGUCACGUGAGAGCAUUCAUGUGUACUAUCAGAAACAGAUGAAACUUAAUGUGUCUCGUGAAUCUGGACUGGAUUGCAUCAGCGAGGAGGAUUCAGGCUCGCAUAGAGGACGCCGCAGACGGGUCGGACACAGUCUGGACUCAUUUGCGUCCCGGGACAGCAUCUCCAGCGCGUACACAGACGCGACCAUGCUGUUUUCCCGUCAGUCCACACUUGAUGAUCUGGACGAUAUGCCUCAGAAUAUUCCCAAAACCAGCGAGCGCGCUCGUCCCAAACUGCGCAAAAUGUACGGCCUGGAUAUGUCCAAUUCCUCGGCAGACAGCGGGAGCAGCAUCAUCUCCAGUGAAGCCACUCAGUGCAUCACACUGUUCUCAAGGCAAGGUACAGACGACACCAUCGAUGAGGUGGACAACGAGCAAUACCAGACGGACAAGAUGGAACGCAAAAAGCAAGAGGCAGAGCCUAGACAGCAACCUCGUCUGGAGGCAGAGCCCAGACAGCAAACGGGUGAGGGGGCAGAGCCUAGACAGCAUCCCAGUGACGAGGCAGAAUCCAGACAGCAACCUGGUCAGGAGGCGGAGCCUAGACAGCAGCCCAUUGAGGAGGCGCAGCCCAUACAGCUAUCGGUUGAGGGGCCGGAGCCCAGACAGCAUCCCGGUCAGGAGGUGGAGCCUAGACAGCAAACCCAUGAGGAGGCGGGCCCUGAAGAAGAGACACAUGAAGUAAGAGAGGAAUGUCUUUGGGUGCCAGCAGAGGCUGAGGAAGAAGGUGAAGAUCUUCAUGUCCUCCAGCCGGAGUGUAAGGUGCAUGUUGAGGAAGAGCAGUUUGUUAGUGAGGAUGAAGAUGCAGAACCAGCUCUCCAAAGGUACGAUUGUGAAUCGUCGGAAGCGGAAAACGUGUACACGGAUCCAGACACCGGGCAGCUUUUUACCCUGGACACCGAAGCCCCCAACACCUCUGAUGCAGAUGUGCCGCCCAGUUACAGCAAAGCCGUGAGUUUCGACCGUCUGUCUGUGAGCUCAGAUGAAAGUGACUGUGACAGGCAUCUGAUGGUCAUGACCCCUGACAGCAGAUCUGAUCUGGACGAUCCUCUUCUGCCUUCAACGACCACUGAGCUGACCGCCAGCGAGUUGCUGCUCAACAAAAUGUUUUAUGAUGAGGAACUGGAUAAAUCUGAGCGUUUCUAUAAAUCACAGCCGCUGGGUCUACAGCUGUGUUAUGCUCUUUAUAACCUGCUGGUGGCGCACUCAGAGAUGGUGUGUUUCCUGGUGAUCAUCAUCAAUCACAUGAUCUCCGCUUCCAUGGCGACGCUGGUGCUGCCCAUCCUCAUCUUUCUGUGGGCCAUGCUUUCUGUCCCACGACCUAGCAAACGCUUCUGGAUGACCGCCAUUGUGUACACAGAGGUGACUAUUGUCGUCAAAUAUUUCUUCCAGUUCAGCUUUUUUCCAUUUAACCAGAACCAGGAGAUGCACAAGUCGAAGCCGUACCACCCACCCAACAUCAUCGGUGUGGAAAAGAAAGACGGAUACGUGCACUAUGACCUCAUCCAGCUGCUGGCUCUGUUCUUUCACAGAUCCAUACUGAAGUGUCACGGCCUGUGGGAUGAAGACGACCCCAAAAUGUCCCAAAAGGGAGGCGGUGUCCAUGGAGACGAGUCUGAGGAUGAGGGGAAAAUGACAGUGGCAAUUCCAUCCGAUGACGACAAGAAGAGUUCUCCGGCGUACUCGCUAAAGUCUGUGAACAUCGGGAUGUCUGUGGAUUCAUCGCAUGUGAACGUGCACAUACGUUAUCCGGAGCAGCGAGCGUAUCUGCGGCGUCAGAGCACAAGCGGAGGCUCCCACAUCUCCAGACGCUCCUCCACACGCUCCAAAAGAGGCAGCACGAGCACAAGGAACAGCAGCCGGAGAGCAGACAGUGAACCUGAAGUACCACAGAAAAGCCGAAAGGAGAUGUUCAUGGAGAAGACCAGAGAACUGCUCAUCAAAGCCAAAGUUUACCUGCUCAAGAAAUUGGUUGAGAUCUACCAACCCAUUGGUCAGUUCUUCUAUAAUCUGAUUCACCCCGAGUACAACGCUGUGACAGACGUCUAUGUCAUCAUGUUUCUGGCUGACACUGUUGAUUUCAUCAUUAUUGUCUUUGGCUUUUGGGCGUUUGGGAAACAUCAGGGUGGUGAUAUCACCUCUUCAUUAUCUGAGGAUCAAGUGCCCGGCCCGUUUCUCGUCAUGGUUCUAAUUCAGUUUGGCACUAUGGUUGUGGAUCGUGCUCUUUACCUGCGGAAGACGGUAAUGGGAAAAGUGGUUUUCCAGGUCCUCCUAGUGUUCGGCAUCCACUUCUGGAUGUUUUUCAUCUUGCCGUCAAUCACAGAGAGGCGCUUCAGUCAGAACCGUAUAGCUCAGUUGUGGUACUUUGUGAAAUGUUUUUAUUUCGGACUCUCGGCGUAUCAGAUUCGCUGCGGAUAUCCAACACGCAUACUGGGAAACUUCCUCACCAAGAGCUACAACUACGCCAAUCUCUUCCUCUUCCAGGGGUUCCGUCUCAUCCCGUUCCUGACGGAGCUGCGAGCGGUGAUGGACUGGGUUUGGACAGACACGACUCUCAGUCUGUCCAGCUGGAUCUGUGUGGAGGACAUCUACGCACACAUCUUCAUCCUGAAGUGCUGGAGAGAGUCUGAGAAGCGUUACCCUCAGCCCCGCGGGCAGAAGAAGAAGAAGACGGUGAAGUAUGGAAUGGGAGGAAUGAUCGUCAUGCUUCUCAUCUGUAUCGUGUGGUUUCCACUGCUCUUCAUGUCUCUGGUCAAAUCUGUGGCUGGAGUGGUCAACACUCCGCUGGACGUCUCUUUGACUCUCACGUUGGGUGGACUACAGCCGAUCUUCACCAUGAGUGCUCAGCAGGCACAUCUCAAGAACGUCACAUCUGCUGAUUUUCGAAGAUUCCUAAGAGAUUACGGAAAUGAUGCAGAUGCCAUGCAGUUUCUGGAGACGUAUAUCUAUGAGGACCUGACAAUUGCAGAUAUAGAAGGAAGUUCCAACUCGCUUUGGACUAUCAGCCCUCCCAGCAGGAAAAACCUCAUUGAAAUGCUUCGAAACCCAAAUGAGCAGUUUCCUCUCACCCUCACCUGGUCCAUACAGAGGAAUCUCACUCUCGGCGCUAAAGCUGAGUUUGCCAUUGGAAAACACAUCAUACAACUAAACAACAAGACCAGACUGGAGUUGGGAAAAUUAUUGGAGGACAGUGGAAACACUAACGCUCAAAGUCAACCCGUACUCAUCCAAAAUAUUUUUCCGAGAUACAUCAGGGCACCAAGUGACUCCAAUACCAAACCUAUUAACCAGCUUUACAACGGUGAACAAUUCAUGAACUUCACACUGUCUCUUAAAAAGUCAAGCAUGAACAGUUCUUCGGGUAUUCAGGAGUGGUGGAUCGUGAAUCAGACUGAAAAUGGGCCGAUACGUGUGGGGUCAAAAACAGAGCAAGACUCCUGUCUGGAGAUUUAUGUGUUCAGCGAUCAAGUCAGUCCACCCAGUUUGGGCUUUCUGGCGGGAUAUGGGAUCAUGGGACUGUACAUGUCGGUGGUUCUGGUUAUCGGAAAGUUUGUGCGAGAGUUCUUCAGCGGAAUCUCGCACACCAUCAUGUUCGAAGAGCUGCCCAAUGUGGACCGCAUCCUCAAACUGUGCAAGGACAUCUUCUUGGUCCGAGAGACGGGUGAACUGGACCUGGAGGAGGACCUCUACUCUAAACUCAUCUUCCUGUACCGCUCUCCAGAAACCAUGAUCAAAUGGACCAGAGAGAAGACUAAGUGAGGGUUCUCAGGAUCUCGUUCUGUGAGCACACCGUUGGAUUGAUCCGAGAAAACGCUGUUCGUACACGUGAUUGGAUAAAGUCGCAAUGUGGGCGUGGUCCCUGCGGUUUUAAAAGGGCUUCAUGUUUAUAAGUGAUGAAUCUUAGGGCUUCCAGGCAUGCGUCACUUUGAAUACCACCUUUCGUGCAUGCGGGACGGACGGCUUAAAAUCCGCGUUAAAGACGAGAAACAGAAGCUACUUCAGAUUUUUAAAGGGUGCUUUUUCGGUGUUUGCCGAAAAAGCGAAACCAAAGCCCUCGGGGUGCUGUGAAUCACAUGACAAUCUAUUUCUGCCUUAUUUUUAUUAGUACAAUCAAGUAAAUGCGUUAUUAUUAACUACCUUCCUCAGGAAUAUACGCGGAUCAUGACGAAGAGACGUCAACGUUUUUCUCUAACAACGGAGAAAAGGGAUGUACUCGUGUGUAGGACCUUUGAGACUUUAAAGAUGUCAUGUAACGUAAUUUAUGAAUACAGAUUUUAGACCAAAAGAGACUUGUGUUUUAUAUUGCUUGAUGUAUAUUGACUUUUUUGGUCAUUUAUGGGAGAUCGAUGAUGCAUCACAGUAGUUGGACACUGUUCUGGUUUGUUAUUUUAAAAACAACAAGCAUCAGGUGGUUAAAACAGAAUUGAAUUGGUGGUUAAAAAAGUGGUUGUAUGAAUGAUACUAAGAACAAAUUUCUGUGUACGCAGGUUAAAUAUCUUUUUUCCUAACUGUAAAAUUAUGGAUUUACAAAGAAUUUUGUUCAGAAUUUGGUGGAUGGGUUCCAUUCAUAAAAGACGAGCAGAACUAUAAAAGUUUGUGUUUACAUAACACUGUAUAUAUCUGUGUACUAAUUGCAUAUUAAUUUUGUAUUUACAAACACACAUGUAUGCAUUUAAGAAAAAUGGUAAAUGUUAAUUUAUAUAUAAAUAUAUCACAUAUAACAUUUCAUUAUUUCCACUAUUGGUAGGCUAAAUAUAUAUAAAUACAUCUAAAUAUUUCCUAAAUAUACAUGUGUUUAAAUACACAAGCAUAAUAUGCACAGUACACAGACAUAUUAUGUAAACACAAACUUUUAUUCUGGAUGCGAUUAAUCGUUUGAAAGCCCUAAUAUGUUGUCCGCAAAAACAUCUGGCAAUACAACAAUUGUAAACGUAAACAUUGUUUUACGAACAAUUUACACCGAACUCUAGUACUGCUCGUGUUUUAUGAGACAUUUCACAUGUGCUCGUAAAGCAGACGUAUUUUAUAUCUGAUAAAUAUUAGUUCUCAUGUGGUAGACAUCGUUGUAGGUACGUCAUUUAAGGCAUGAGAGAUUGGUAGAUUGCUAGUGUUAUUAAAUAUGCUCUGCAAUGUCUGGAGAAGUGAAUUCUACAUCUGUACUUGUAUUUAUUUCAGCAAUACGAUCGGCAGGUGACAUUAAAGGAAAGACAUUCCUGUUACACACCUUUGGCGGCCAUACUCAGGAAUGAGCAUUUCUAUGGAUCAGGGUAUCGCAGAUAUAUCGAUGCGUUCCAUUUACAGUGAGAAAAUGUACCAUAUGACUGUCAGUGUGAGGAUUUAGGUUGUUAUGAAGAUGUUUGAGAAGAAAUUUCCAUCUCUGAACUAUGCAUUACAGACUAUAGCAUGAAUGAAAAAAUAACAUUUGACAUGAAACUCUUUCCUUACGUUACGUGUGCGUCACUUUUCCAGAGACAAGAACAAGGGGGAAACAUAACUGUGUAUAAGAUGAAAUGGGAGAUAAAUAAAGCACACAAAUGAAAGGACAGAAUGCUGGUUUACUUUUGAACUUUUACACUUUUUUAUUGUCUGUUUUUCUUAAAUGCAGUGUGUGUGUGUGCGCAUGCGCGUGUGUGCUUGCAUGUGCUAUCUAAGAGAUAAUGAAUUAUUGACUUCAGUGUCCAAACGUUGUUUUGCAUUUAAUUUCUUAUUUCUCUAUCUUUGUUUUUAUUAUUUCUUUACCAAUUUUUUGCAGUGUAUUAGUUAUUAUUGGCCAUGGAAAAAAAUGAGAAACCCUUUUUAAAUUUUCAUUUAAUCAUCAUUUCUAGAUGAACUGUGGUCAUUCCAUUUGAAUUUCAACAAAAUCAAACCUCAGGAGUGACAAGAACUCAUCCAACAGCAGCGUGAAAGGGACAUGUUGAAACUUGUGAA